AUGCUGAAGCCCCUGGCGGAGAAGCGUCGCCGCGACCGCAUCAAUCGGAGCCUGGAGGAACUGCGCCUGCUGCUCCUGCAGAGGACCCACAGCCAGGUCAGUGAGGAGGUGCCCCCUGCAGCCAGCCUGCCCCCCCUGCUCCCCACAGCCCCCCCCCCCACUCCCCAUUCCCUUCAAAUCCUAGCUAGGACUUCUCCCUGAGAACGUAACCGCUGCCGUUUGGGAUAGUGUCAGACCCGUGGGUCUGCGUCAACUUUGUGGCCUUCAGAUUUCCCGAGGAGGCCUUAGCGUUAAUUGAACCCCCUUAAAGUGCAUUGAAGUGGAUUGUGCGUUUAUUUCUUCAACUGCCAGCAGGUGGAGCUAUUGUUCUAUAUGACUCUGCUCUAAAAGGAAGGCUUUGGUUAAAAGGAAUUGGCAGAGAAAUAGGUGGCCCCGGAGACUUGAUCAGGUAUUCUCUACCGUUAUGCCUGUCUUGUCUAUCCUGUCCAUGUUCCCCAAGAGUAAGUUGGCACUUGCGCAGUGAUUUGCAAAAUCUCUGUUGUUGGUUAGCAGCAGUGGAUCCUGGGCAGGGUGGGGGGUCGGCAAGGCGAGAAGGAUCUGCACGUGGGAGGUGUCCUUCGCAGUCCCAGCCCUCCCUAGCAUAGCUGUCAACCGUCCCUUAUUUGGCGGGAAAGUCCCUUAUCCCAGUGCCGUGUCCCGCUGCUGUCCCUUAUUGAUGAUGUCCCUUAAAUUGCCCGGGUUUCAAAGGAAGCAGCUCCUCUCCCUCCCUCCCUGCUGGCUCCCUAAGGAGUCUAAGAACGACUGGGGGGUGGAGCUUGCAUGCCUUGUGCCGAUCAAAUCGACCGCGUUGCCUGGGGACUCGCCUUUGCUCAGCGCUUCCCAGCGGAGAGGUGACGGUGGUUUUCCUUGCUGCAUCCCCUUUGCCGGGUUGCUGCACUGUGGGAACCACCGCUUGAGGCUUCGUUUGGCUGCUGGCUGGGCUUUCUGCCUUUGGCUCGGAGGGGCUCAGAAGUUGAACAUACCUGUGCUCGGAAAAUCCCUUAUUUUGGCUGCUGGUCCCUUAUUUUCAAAUCUGUAAGUUGACAGCUAUGCUCCCUAGACCUGCCGAUAGCUGAACCCGGGACUGUCAGCACGCGGAUCCGUUGUUCUGCCCCCCAGCCACUGCCUAUUCCCUGCAAAAGUUUCCCCUUCAGCCCCCUUCUUCUCGGGCCUCUUUCUUUACAGACUCUGAAGAACCCCAAGGUGGAGAAAGCAGAGAUCUUGGAGAUUGCUGUAGGAUACCUGCGGGAGAUGAACGCAGCUAAACCCCAGGGUACAAAUGACCUGCAUGGUGGGUGUUGGGGGGGUGUAUGUGGCUAUAUCAGAGAGACCUGGGCAGGCCAGGUCUGUGAGUGUUUGUGAGUUGCUCAAAUGCUUUGCUCCCUGUUCUUCAAUGCAUGGGGAGUCCCCAUACUCACCUUGCCAAAGCCAGAAAUUUCCACACCCACCCUCCAUCCAGACAAGAAUGCUCAGGGAGGGACAGAGAUGGGUGUGGCCUGGGGGAGGGAGGAGCUUAAGAGUCCCAUGGGCCAGGUGGGGAGCCCAGACGGCUGCAACCACCUCCUGAGUGUUUUGAAUGUUGCAGAUAGUAGGAGAGGACAUAUUGAUUAAAUAUUAUCCUUCCUCACUCACACUAGUGAGUUAGUAGCAGAGUACAUUCCCCAGUAUAUAGCACAAAGCUAGUUGGUUGAUUCAUUUGAAUCUCUUUACUUAAGAGGGACGCGGGUGGCACUGUGGGUUAAACCACUGAGCCUAGGACUUGCUGAUCAGAAGGUCAGCGGUUUGAAUCCCCGCCACGGGUGAGCUCCUGUUGCUCGGUCCCUGCUCCUGCCAACCUAGCAGUUCGAAAGCACAUCAAAGUGCAAGUAGAUAAAUAGGUACCACUCCGGCGGGAAGGUAAACGGCAUUUCCGUGCGCUGCUCUGGUUCGCCAGAAGCGGCUUAGUCAUGCUGGCCACAUGACCCGGAAGCUGCAUGCCGGCUCCCUCGGCCAAUAAAGUGAGAUGAGCACCGCAACCCCAGAGUCAUCCGCGACUGGACCUAAUGGUCAGGGGUCCCUUUACCUUUACCUUUAAGCAGUCCAAUCUGGCUUUGUCCAGAUUGGGUUUGUUCCUGGCAAAUUCCCCUUUUAUCCCCUCUCGAAAAGAAUAAAGGCGCAAACGCCUUCUUUGAAAAGCAACGACAAGAAGCUUACUCACAUUCAGCUCGCAGUAGGUUCCCUGAAGGCAGGCUUUAGCUUGGAGUUACAGAAGAGAGUUUGAGGUCAUCCCAAAUGGGAAUGAGCCCAUGUACUGAUGGCUGAGGGCCAGCAGACAGCAAAAUAACACCAGUAUCAGAAGUGAGCAGCGAAAGAGCAAGGUGGCUGCGUGUCUGGCCCUUUUACGGGGUCUCCCGGGGCCACGCCCAUCUACCUAGCAGGGUGAGGAUGCUCCAGACCAGGUGUGACAGGAAGUCCUCCUGGCUGGAGUAACGUCCCCCUGUCUGCGUCCACUCUAGGCAAACAGGAAGUGUUGGAUUUGACUGCUUAGGUUCCAUCCCACGCUGAGCAUCCCCUGGUUCUAUGGACUCUAGAGCCACAGCCUUGCAGAGUUGAGAUCUGGUCCGACUCCCUGCUAGGCUGUGGAGGCCCACCUCCCUAGGGCUUGAGUGACCAGCCUUCUCCCUGGCUCCCCAAUUCUGCCCCUCCAGGAGCCGACCCUUCGGAAGACGGGACCCUCCAGACCUGCUAUAUGAUGGGCUUCCGGGAGUGUCUCCUGGGCCUAGCCGCCUUCAUCCAGCAAACCCACCCGUCCGUCCAAAGCCACCUGCUGGACACUUUGCACCUCUACCUGGCCUCCAAGCCGGAGCCCCAGAGCCAAGACUGGACCCUCGCCGUCUUCUCUCCUAGCCCUUCGCUGGAGGAAUCGCCUCCCCGGACCCCCGAGGGCUUCUGCUCACCCGUGAAGCCGCUGAGCGAAUCCUCACGGAGCCCAGACCCCGCUUGCUCCAGCGCGGGCCAACAGAGACACAGCCGAGACGCCGCCGCCUCAGCCAAGAGGAUCCUGGCACCUCCGUCGGCUUUCUGGAGGCCAUGGCCCUAG